GUCGAGGAUAUAAAAUCAUCAUUUCUGAAUUUGGAAAAUUUAAAGCUCACGUCCUCCCUCUCUCUCUCUAUCUCUCUCUUCGGACUGCACUCUUUCACCUUUCUUCUUCAUUCUGAAAACUCUGCAACUCAGAUCUUUGUCGUCGUGUUCUUCUUCUUCAUACAAUCAACUUAGGGUUUCUGCAAUCCCCAAUUCCCCCUAUUCCUAUCGAAAAACCUUUGAAACUCUCUUUCAAUGGCGAAAGCAAAAUACGGUCGUUCUCUACCUCGAAAAUCGUCAACGCCAUCUUCAACGCUUGUAUUCGCAUUGCUAUUGUUGUUAUCCGUCGUCGUUUUAAUCCUUCUCGCUCUCGGAAUCGUCUCGCUUCCCAGCUCAAAUACCGACUCUCCUCAUCAAGUUCAUGAUCUCAAUUCCAUUGUUCAUAACACUGUUCACAGGGUUGAUGUGGGCCAAAAAAGAGGUCAGCAAUGGGUUGAAUUACUAUCUUGGGAGCCUAGAGCUUUUGUUUACCAUAAUUUCUUGUCUAAGGAAGAAUGCGAGUAUCUCAUCAAACUUGCCGCGCCUCGCAUGGAAAAGUCACAGGUUGUUGAUGAGGAAACUGGCAAGAGUAAAGACAGCAGGGUGCGCACUAGUUCAGGAACAUUCCUUGCUAGAGGCCGAGAUAAGAUCAUCAGGACCAUAGAGCAGAGAAUCGCAGAUUUCACUUUUAUUCCUGUAGAUCAUGGUGAAGGUCUUCAAAUUCUACACUAUGAAGUUGGACAGAAGUACGAGCCUCACUUUGACUACUUUUUGGAAGAUUACAGCACUGUCAAUGGUGGUCAACGGAUAGCUACCGUUCUCAUGUAUCUCUCUGAUGUUGAAGAAGGGGGUGAGACAGUAUUUCCUUCUGCAAAAGGAAACAUUAGUGCUGUGCCUUAUUGGAACGAGCUAUCUAAAUGUGGUAAAGAAGGUCUUUCAGUUAAACCAAAUAGGGGUGAUGCUUUGCUUUUCUGGAGCAUGAAGCCUGAUGCUUCUCUGGACCCCUUAAGUUUGCAUGGUGGUUGCCCUGUGAUUAAAGGGGAUAAAUGGUCAGCUACAAAAUGGAUUCGUGUCAGUGAAUACCACUCUUGAAUGUUCAACUGAUUUGCUCGAGGUCGCAUUCUUAGACAAUUAUACAUAGCUGUUGUAUUCUGUGAACAAGUACCCAAUAGAUUGUUAGUAUUGCUGAAGCACGAGGAGCCAACUUGACCAUAUAAAAAGGAAGCUUGCAAUUUUGAUGUUUGAAUUGUAUACACUGUAUUUUUCCGAUACUCAAAUCUGUCUUACUUCUUACUCAUAGAAUAGGAUAUGAAUUAUAUGUUCUAUAAAAUGUAGAUCCAAUUUGCUUGUAAUCCAUGAACAUGAGGUCACAUACCGUACUAGAAAUCAAGAUCAUGACUUUCUUUAUAAA